AUGAAAACCCCUAUUUCCGGUUUCUACAGAAACCCCGUCAAGUUCAGAAUGCCAACUUCGGAAAAUCUCGUACCCAUUCGACUCGACAUCGAAAUCGACGGACAUAGAUACAAAGAUACCUUCACAUGGAACCCUUCUGAUCCGGAUUCUGAGGUUGUGGUGUUUGCGAAAAGGACUGUGAAGGAUUUGAAGCUGCCUCCGCCUUUUGUUACUCAGAUUGCUCAGUCUAUUCAAUCGCAGUUAGCGGAGUUUCGAUCGUAUGAGGGUCAAGAUAUGUAUGCUGGAGAGAAGAUUAUUCCCAUCAAGCUUGAUCUUCGUGUAAAUCAUACGCUUGUAAAGGACCAAUUUUUAUGGGACUUGAACAACUUCGAUAGUGAUCCUGAAGAGUUUGCAAGGAUCUUCUGCAGAGACAUGGGCAUUGAGGAUCCUGAGGUUGGACCGGCUGUUGCCUUUGCCAUCAGAGAACAGCUUUAUGAGAUUGCAAUUCAAAGUGUGGUUUCAGCAAGAGAAAGCAGACUAAGCAAAAAGGGUCGUCGAGGGGCUGAUUUUACUCCAGUCAGUAAAGGAGGCGCCGUAGCAGUGGACUUAGUCAAAUUAUUUGGUAUUAAAUCAAGUGUUGUUCGGAAAAGAAAGGAGUGGGACGUAUAUGAACCCAUUGUGGAUCUUCUAUCCAACGAAGAAGUUGAUGUCCUUGAAGCAAAGGAAGAGAGAAAUUUCAGGUGA